AGGUAUCAGACUUGCAUUUAUAUCUGCAUCAAAACUGCAUCUUCCUCUCUUAUCCGUACCUUUGUGUGGUUGGAUACAAUGAUUCAGUCAGCCUUUAGAUCUUCUUCUUCUCCUACUCUCCUUAAGGAAAUCCAAUGCAAGAGAAGAAUCCCACCAACGCCUCCUUCUCCACCAAUGACUACAACAACAAGAAGAAGAUUUUCAUUAACUUGUUCUUUUUCUGGAAACGGCUCCUACAUACCAAAGCUUGAGCCUUUUAGCCGAAGUAAGCUAGAGAGAGUCCUUAAGGAGCCUCCUUUGAUUGAAAAGUGCGAGAAUGACCUCUCAGAUUAUUGUUCAACACUUGAGGGAGAUAAUUCCUACAGCUGCUGUAAAGCCUACUUCGAACUCAAAGAUCUCGAAGAGGAGGCACCAAAAGAAGAUGUGGAGAGGCUAAUUCUUCAAACCGGCGGCAUCAAGUCGUUAAUCGGAUGCUUACAUGGAAUUUCCUCAAUGCAGAAAGGAAAAGAGAAUGGAUUCGGCCUGGCAAAGACACUGAUUGCUGAUAAAGGAAAGGAGAGACACUGUCCAAUACCAGACGGACUGCCAAAAACACUUGAAGAGCUUGCUGAAGAAGAGAGUGCUCGAAUGCCGGAUUCUCCUUACACCAGAUUGCUUAGAAGUAAAGGAAGCUUCCCUGCUUGGUAUUCCCCUGCACCGGACCAUGAAACUGAUUGAAGGAUUGAUUACCUGUGGUGGUUAAAUGGAGUGAUACCAAUAAGUUUCUGUGAAAUGAUUUUGCUGUUUUGUGUAGAUAAUAUCAGCCGUCUUGCAGAUCUGCAAAAUAUUCUGAUCUGAUUGGUUUGAAAAACUGUUCUUUAUAGUGAUUAGUGUGUAUAAAUAACUUGAUUGUUCAUGUUCAGUAUAUAGUAGUAAUGAUUUUGCUUCA